UUGUUUAUUAGAUUUAGUCAUGUAGGUUUCAGACAAGCCCAGACCAUGGCAUUUGCUGUUGACGAAAUUAACAGAAACUCCAAACUUCUUCCUAAUAUAUCAUUGGGAUACAAUCUAUAUGAUAGCUGUGGAAACCUAUGGAACGCAUUGAGUGCAGCUCUGUCUAUGACCAGUGGCAGCGGAGAGCCAUUUCAAUUAAAUGAGACCUGUUACGGUUAUCCUCCUGUGCUAGGAAUUGUGGGAGAUUCUUCCUCAACACGUACUAUUGCUAUUUCUAGCAUAGUAAGCUUGUAUAGGGUACCAAUGGUGAGUUAUUAUUCCACAUGUUCCUGUCUGAGUGACAGGAGGCAGUUCCCAUCUUUCUUUAGAACUAUUCCAAGUGAUGCAUUUCAGGUGCGAGCUAUGCUCCAAAUUCUGAGGCGGUUUAAGUGGACUUGGUUAGGCCUGUUAGUCAGUGAUGAUGACUACGGACUCAACGUUGCCCGAUCCUUCCAGUCAGACCUGGCCCUCUCUGGGGGAGGCUGUCUGGCUUAUCUAGAGGCUCUGCCUAAGAGUAAUGAUGUAGAUGAUCUGCAAAGGAUUGUUGGCAUAAUGAAGAAAUCCACAUCCCGUGUGGUUAUUGCUUUUGCACAUGCAAGCAACAUGCUUAAACUCAUGGAAGAGGUGGUAAGGCAGAAUGUUACGGGCCUACAAUGGAUGGCCAGUGAAGCCUGGACUACAGCCGUUGUUCUUCAGACCCCCAGCUACAUGCCUUUUCUUGCAGGCACUCUGGGCAUUGCCAUCCGCCGGGGAGAGAUACCAGGCCUCAGGGACUUCCUACUGAGAAUACGGCCUGACAAGGACACACUCAGCAACCAGGACAACAAUUUAGUGCGGCAGUUUUGGGAGCACGUAUUUCACUGCAAGUUUAUGACCACUGAUAUGGAGUUUGAUGGGAAGACCCAGGGAAAACUUUGUACAGGGAAUGAGAUUUUAAAGAAUAUAGAGACGGAAUUCCUGGAUCUGUCUAACCUCAGGCCAGAGUACAAUGUGUACAAGGCAGUAUAUGCCCUGGCACAUGCCCUACAUGACAUUCUGCAGUGUGUUCCAGGAAGUGGGCCUUUCAAAGAGCAAAGCUGUGCCCGUUUACAGGGACUAGAGCCAUGGCAGCUGUUAAAUUACUUGCAAAGGGUCAAUUUCACAACAGAUUUUGGUGAUCAAGUCUCAUUUGAUGAAAGUGGGGAUGUUUUACCAAUCUACGAUGUGAUGAACUGGAUGUGGCUCUCAGAUGGAACCACAGAGGUCAGAAAUGUGGGAGAGGUCAACGAAUUGGCUUCAAGACUCGAUAAUCUUAUCCUUCAGGAAAAGCAAAUCUUUUGGAAUUUUGAAUCUAAAAAGCCUCCCAAGUCAGUCUGUAGUGAGAGCUGUCCCGCAGGCACACGCCUGGCCAGAAAGAACGGGGAACCUGUCUGCUGCUUCGACUGCAUUUCUUGUUCAGAAGGACAAUUUAGCAAUAAGACAGAUUCAACACAAUGUACCAGCUGUCCAGAGGAGUUUUGGUCCAACCCCCAACGUGAUCACUGCGAACCCAAAAUCAUCGAGUUUCUUUCCUAUAUGGAACCCCUGGGCAUCUCCUUGACCACUGCUUCAUUAUCUGGCACACUUUUAUGCACAAUUGUUUUUGGAAUCUUCACUCAUCAUCGGACAACGCCAGUGGUCAGGGCCAACAACUCAGAGCUUAGCUUCCUCAUUCUGCUGUCACUCAAAUUAUGCUUCUUGUGCUCCUUGCUUUUCAUUGGUCACCCAAGGCUGUGGACUUGUCAGUUGAGGCAAGCAGCCUUUGGGAUCAGCUUUGUGCUCUGUGUCUCGUGUAUCCUUGUGAAGACCAUGGUUGUUCUGGCGGUAUUCAAGGCCUCCAAACCAGGUGGUGGUGGUACUCUGAAGUGGUUUGGGGUAAUGCAACAGAGAGGGACUGUUGUAUUUCUUACUUUAAUACAAGCAGUAAUAUGUACAACCUGGCUAAUGUCGUCCUCACCAACACCUCAUAAAAACACACAGUACUACAAAGACAAGAUAAUAGUCGAGUGUGUAGUGGGAUCGACAGUUGGAUUUGGAGUUUUACUAGGAUAUAUUGGAUUACUAGCUAUUCUAAGUUUCUUACUUGCUUUCUUGGCCCGGAAUCUACCAGAUAACUUCAAUGAGGCAAAGUUUAUCACAUUCAGCAUGUUGGUCUUCUGUGCUGUUUGGAUAGCCUUCAUCCCAGCUUAUAUCAACUCUCCUGGAAAAUAUGCAGAUGCUGUAGAGGUUUUUGCCAUUCUAGCUUCCAGUUUUGGGCUAUUACUGGCCCUAUUUGGACCGAAGUGUUACAUAAUAAUCCUGAAGCCUGAGAAAAACACAAGAAAAGCUUUAAUGGGGCGAGGAACACCAAUAUCAUAAAAACAUGGUUAUCUGGCAACCCUUUUAAAAGAUUACUACAUUACCUACUUUCUAUUAUAACUUCAUUUUAAAUUGCAGUUUAAAAUCAUUUCAGAUCUCAAA